AUGACUCGAGAUACAUCAAGAGUUCGGGAGGAACGAAGUUUCGACGGCGAUGAUGAUAUCCUUUCAGCCCUAUGGGCCGCUGCUCCUUUUCCAUACCUCCCUCAAGAUGCGCCAGACGAGUUGAAGAAGCUUACGGUAGAGGUUGAGGAUCCAAAGCAAAUAUACGUCAUACACAAUGCAAGCAGGCGUCAUCUCUUUCAUUUAAUGGUAGAAAAGUACAUCCGUCAACUUCGAUAUGGUUGCGAUUCCUCUAUUUGUCAUACCCCAACCUGUUUUACUUGUCGCAAACGUCUUGCCUUGAUCUCUGGCCGCCCAAUAAGGCCAUAUAAUUCGACGAGCGCGAGAAUUCUCGCUGUUCACUUAGCUAGUCAGGACAACCCUGAACGAGGUCUCUGUCACAAUCCUCUCGUAGAUUCACCUAUCCAAUUCAGCAAGCAUGUUAAGGCUACUGCGCGAAGAAACCUAUCCGGAUCUAAGAAAUUACAAAUUAGUGGAGGGGAUACUUUGCAUAUGAACACACUCGGUACAGACAAUGAGAGGAACGGGUCGGAUCGAUUACGAACCCUCAUAACCAGUAUUGGCGAUCCAACUGAGACUAGGGAAUCGAAACCCACCAUACUGAAUGACUAUACCAAGAUCGACCAUAAAUCUUUCAUUCAAAAUGUAUUUGGCACGGCAGCUUUCAAGAUGGUAGAAUGGCUGACACCGAGGAAUCUGGCAGCACUAACAAGACAGGAUGGCACAGUCUCAGAUUUGGAUGCACGUUCCUUACCGCUGGCUCAGUCGACACCAAGUGAUGGUGUGAACACUCCUGCGCAGAAGCUAGAAGGUUCGAGUGGGACAGCGACAGAGUCGUCAAAUGCUACAAAGUUCUCGCCAACCUCUUCAGAAGCCCCAACAGAAGUUUCUGGGUAUUCAAGCCAGUGGGAUAAAAAUGAAAGUUCUAGUGGCAAAGAUGUCCCAGAUACAAGUACAAGGAUAGGGGUGGGCUCAAAGUCGCCUCCUAAUAUACCUAGCGACAUCAAGCCUAGCAUCCAAUCGAGCCCAAAUGCGUUGCAUACCGAAACUACACAUAUCUCAAGUCCGAGGUCUCGAAGGAGGACAGACUCUUAUGAUGCCCAUGUUUCCAAAGGUGUCUUGAACCUUUCGACUUCACCAAGGGCGAUUGACACUGACACUACUUCGCCUUUGCCUCGCCAUUCUAUGCGCUCGAAACCUAAACCUACUCGGCAUACUAUGAUAGCUAAUCCAGUUCUCCAUCUACCUGAAACCGACAUUUCUUCGCCUACAGCACCCCUUACCAGUGCCACAGUCGAACCUUCUGUUUCAGCCGAGCCUGCGACGAAUUCCAAAUUCGAUUCAAAUGCUAACAACGCAAUCGAAAACCCCUCGAUUGAAAGGCAUGAUUUAGAGCCAUCUUUACCUGAUGAAAAGCUACCACAAACACUUUCAUCACUACCUCUUGAAGUGAUUAAUCUGAUUUGUGAUAUUCUGGAAGAUGACAAGACUUGCGAUAAGCAUUCAUUACAUCCUGAUCAAAUCGACGAUGAUUUGAAGAGACAUCAAACACGCAUGAUUCCUUUGCGCCGAAAAUCAAAAUCGGCGAUUCGUUAUCCAAAAUCAACUAAAAAACAAUGGCGUCGCUUCAUUGAUCAGUGUUUGUAUUCUGUCCUUAGUAAGCCCAGUUCUCUCAUAAAGUCUUUCACCACCCAAGAUGGGCAGGUCUUCGAUACACAGACUAUUUGGUACUGUAUGCUACGUAUGACUAGAGUUGCGCCGUCUAUUGUCUUUGAUAGCCUAUGGAUUGCCGCCGGCACACUUUUCAAGCCUCCACAGGAAUUAGAAUGGGCCAAACAGUAUCAUAAUGAUAGCUUGGGUCCAGAUCAAUCAAUCUCAAAAGCCGAUGCAGCUCAAAUAAUAAACAUUUGCUUUCAUGCACUCGUAGCUGCGGCACCACUGUUGAAGGAUUCAAGACAACUAGCAAAUAUGUCUCGUAUACGUUCGUAUGGCAUUACUUUGCCUGGGAGGGAAUCGUUCUCAAUGGAAUCAACCAAACUAUGUCUACAAUAUGACGAUGCGUUCUCGGAUGAACUGGCAUUGAGACUGGCUCGUCGAAUCUUCUCUGCUGUUUCCACAAGACGUAGGUUUUCUGAACUGAUCCGGCUCCAACAAGAUACCAGAGGCGACGAAAAUGAACAAGACGGUGUUUUAGAAAUUAUCCUCGGCACUCUGAAAUAUCUCGAUCUUGAUACACCACCUAUACUCAAUUUCACAGCUCCAGAACAAGAUUUGCACGAGAAGAGAAUUCCUACCUUAAUACUCGAUUGGGCACGAACAGUAAUGAUACAAGAUUGGAAUGGUAAAGGGGAAGUUCCCUCAGAUGGGUCGUUUGGAGGUGCUUUAGAGACUAUUGCGGCAAUAUACAGGAACAGGAAAUCGCUUUUACUGGGAGACAUACAUUUUCGUACAGAAUACUUUUCCGAACGGCUAGAUAGUGUCGCCAUGCCUCUUGAGUGGUUGUCUUUCCAGUCAAAUAAACGUACCGUUCAUUUGCUCGACUAUCCAUAUUUAUUCAAUCCAUCAACAUUAGUCAAUUACUUUCGAGCCAUCAAUUACUCGCGGAUGAAUCAAUCCUACGAAGAAGCAAAGUCUUUAACUACACUUGUUCGUACUCACGAGGGACUGAUCUCCAAUGAAGACUACCGAAAUAGACUUCGAGAUCGUCUUCAAACAGCGACAUCAAGAUUCCUGGCCAUUGAGGUUAGCCGAGAUAAUUUACUUUCAGACGCUUUUGAUGUGCUAUGGCGAAGAGAAGGACGUGAAUUGAUGCGACCUUUGAAAGUGUCAUUUGGCGGUGAGCAUGGGGAGGAAGGUUUGGAUUAUGGUGGAGUUCAGCAAGAGUUCUUUCGAAUAGCCAUGACAGAAGCUAUCAACCCUGAUUAUGGUGUUUUUACGAUUGAUAAUAAAACAAAAAUGACAUGGUUUCAGCCAGGAUCACCAGAGCCGUUAUGGAAAUUCGAGCUUAUUGGAAUGAUCAUAUCUUUGGCUGUUUACAACGGUAUGACUCUACCGAUUACCUUUCCCAAGGCAUUCUACAGGAAGUUACAAGGAGAAAGCAUUACGGAACUUCACCACAUUUCAGAUGGAUGGCCCGAGCUCGCUAAGGGUCUAACAGAUCUGCUAGAAUGGGACGAAAGUAAAGGGGCCGUGGAAGAGAUUUUCUGUCGAACAUACGAAUUUAGUCACUUUCAAUUCGGAAAGUUAAUAAGCCGUGAAAUGACUAGCUCAGCUCAAUGGCCAAAGUUCUCAGAUGUCAACGUUGGCGAAGAUUUUGAGGAUUUCGAUUCAACAGAUGUACCACUGGUCACGAACGAAAAUCGAAAUAGUUAUGUUAGUGAUUAUAUCAAUUGGCUAACAAAUGUAUCCAUUCAACCACAAUUCGAAGCUUUCAAAAAAGGGUUCUUCGCCUGUCUUGAUCCUCGCUCUCUCAACCUUUUCGACGUCGAUACUCUUCAAUCUCUAGUCGAAGGUGUACAAGAAAUUGAUAUCAUUGAAAUGCAACGUGGUGCCAGAUAUACUGGCUACGAGCCUACCGAUCGCGUCAUUCAAGAUUUCUGGUCGGUCGUCAAAGAAUAUGAUUUGGAGAAGAAAAAAAAGCUACUUGAAUUCACGACAUCGUCUGAUAGGGUUCCUAUGGGUGGAAUGAAGAAUUUCCAACUUACAAUUCAUAGGAAUGGAGCGGGUACUCAAUUACCAACUACGUCAACGUGCUUUCAAAUCUUGAUGUUGCCGAAUUAUGCAAGUAGAGAGAUUCUGAAAGAGAGGUUUGAUGUAGCUUUGGAACAUAGUAGUGGGUUUGGUAAUCAUUAG